AUGAAAUCAAGUAGAUCAAACUCAAGAUCUCAUUCUUAAUCUUCUUCUUCUCAAUUUAAGAGAAUGAGAGACUCUAAAUAAAAAAAUAGAAUAAACAAAAUAGUAGAAAUCCAAGAAGACAUAAUAAGAGACAAAAAAGUACCAAUUGUAAGAGAUCUAAUACUAGUUCAAGUUCAAGGGCCAAAUCAUUAUUUAGCAAUUAAAAGAAAUAGUAACAUAAGUUAUCAUUUUUUAAAUGAGAAAAGAUCAAAAUAAAGAAAAAGAAAUUAGAAAUUAAUAUCAAUCCUCUUCUUUCAUUUCUCAUUUCCUUUUCUAUUAUUUCUCGACUGCUUUUGUUCAUUUAUAAGAAAGAAUAAUACAUUUUAUUUAUGUCAAAUUCUUAAGCAAUCAAAAAUUUAAUAAAUUUCGUAUAUAAAUAUAUUUUAUAGACAUUUUUACUAUUAUUAAUUCAUACAAAAAAUGAAUGAAAGAUUUGAGUAAAAUCUAUAACAAAUUCUUUCCACAGAAUGUUAAACUAUUAACAAAAAUUCACUUCUCAAAGGAUAAAUUCAAUUAUUAAAAUUGUAAAUCAAUCAUCAGAAAUUAAUCAAACAAUAAUAAGAAUAAGAAUAGAGAGAAAUAGAAAAAAUAUAAGUGAUGCAAAAUUUAAAAGAAGAUUAAUAAAAAUAAAUUGAAGAAAAAGAAAUCUAAUUGAUUAAAUAAAAAAAAGAACUUCAUCUUAGAUUAGAUGCAUGUGAAGACUUAUAAUUUGAAAUUGACUAAUAAUAUUAACAUCUAAAAAUAUAAUAAGAAAAUUAAAAAAUCUUAGAUGAAUCUAUUAAAAGACUUAUGGAUUGUAUUUAAAGAUCUAAGAAAUCGCCACUCAAAAAUUAGUAAUUUCAUAAUAGAGUUGCUACUUCUCAUUCAUUUGAUGAUCGGGUAAAUCCUUUUGGAAUUAUGGGAAUGUUUAAGUCUAAAAACAAUGUUGAUGACUAUAUAUAAAAAGUAGAAAAAAUUAACACUUCUAGACUUUAUGAUCAUUGA